GCAUUUUUGAUGGAUACUCCGAAAUCGAAUCAUCAAAGAAGAAGGAGUUCUUCUCCUUUCUUGAUGUCUCAAACACUAUGGUCAUCAACUGAAAAAACAUGCAGAUCAGGAUUGACCAGAUCAAAUGAUGAAAAAGGGGUAAAUGUGAAAGUUGUACUGCGUUGCAGGCCUCCAAAUGAGGAUGAAAUGCAGGUGAAAGGCCCUUUGGUGAUCUCAUGCGACGAGCUGAAACAAGAAGUCACUGCAACUUUGAACACAACUACUAAGCAAAUAAACAAAACCUUUCUAUUUGACAAGGUUUGUGGUCCAUCAUCUCAGCAAAAGGACUUUUAUGAUCAGUCUGUGUCUCCUCUUGUUAAUGAGGCUCUUGAGGGAUAUACUUGUACUAUUUUUGCUUAUGGACAAACUGGAACAGGAAAAACUUACACAAUGGAAGGGGAAGCAAUUAAAGAGAAGAAUGGGGAGUUUCACAAGAAUGCUGGAGUAAUACCUAGAGCAGUCCAAGAGAUUUUUGACAUUUUGGAGUCUCAAAAGGCUGAGUACACUAUGAAAGUUGCAUAUAUAGAGAUUUAUAACGAGGAGAUAACAGAUCUUCUUUCCCUGGACGAGGAAUCAAAACCGAUAGAUGAGAAGCAGAGAAAGCCAUUAGCUCUUAUGGAGGAUGGAAAAGGCGCAGUUUUCAUUAGAGGUUUAGAAGAGGUGACAGUAUCAACUGCAGAUGAAAUAUACAAAAUUUUGGAGAAAGGGUCUGCGAAUAAGCAUACAGCUGAAACGCUUCUUAAUAAACAAAGCAAUAGGUCUCAUUCGAUAUUUUCCAUCACCUUACAUGUUAAGGAAUGUACUCAUGAGGGACUAGAACUGAUUAAGUGUGGAAAACUGAAUCUUGUUGACCUAGCUGGAUCCGAGAACAUUUUACGUUCUGGUGCAAAAGAGGGAAGAGCAAGAGAGGCAGGGGAGAUAAAUAAGAGCUUGCUUACCUUGGGCAGGGUCAUCAAUGCUUUGGUUGAUCACUCUGGACAUGUUCCAUACAGGGAUAGCAAGUUGACAAGGUUUCUGAGGGAUUCGUUAGGAGGAAAAACAAAGACAUGCAUAAUUGCCACAGUUUCACCGUCCAUCCAGUGCUUGGAAGAGACUCUCAGUACUCUCGAAUAUGCUAAUCGUGCCAAGCAAAUUAAAAACAGGCCAGAGGUUAACCAGAAGCUGACAAAAUCUGCCCUAAUCAAAGAUUUGUAUGUGGAGAUGGACUGCCUAAAGCAAGAAUUACAUGCAAUGAGGGAGAAGAAUGGAAUCUACAUACCACAAGAUCGUUACCUGAGAGAAGAAGCAGCUCAUAAGGCGAUAGUUGGGAAACUGAAGUUCACGGAACUUGAUUUAGAGUCCAAAAACAAGAAACUGAUAGAGCUUCAGGAUCUUUAUGAUAAUCAGCGACAACUGACAGCAGAUUCAACCAAACAACUUGAGAGAACUCAGAGAGAACUAAAGAAAGCUGAACAAGCUUUCAAUGAUCUAGAAGCUCAAAACAGGCGAGCAAAAGAAAUGAUUCAAGAGAAGGAUUCUCUAGUAUCCGAUGUCAUUAAAUCUGAAAAGGAAAUGACUGAUAAAGCACUUGAGCUUCGAGAUGAAGUAGAGAAUGCAGAAUCAGAGAUAUCCAGCUUGUUCGCCAAAAUUGAAAAAGGCAACAGUAGAGAGGAAAGAAACAGAAUCCUUGUGCAAAGCUUCCGCAGCAAAUUAACUCAGCAGCUUGAAAUUUUAAAGAGAAAAACAGCAAUUUCUGUAACCAAACAAGAGCAGCAAUUGAAUGUAAUACUAGAAGAUACGCAAUCCUUCUUAGCUACUAAAAGAAGGGCUACAGAUGAAUUGAAGGUUCAGCUCCAGAAGCUGAAAGACAAGUAUAACUCCGAUAUCCAGAAUUUAGCUGUUCCAGCCCAAGAUCUUCAUGAAAAUUCUCAGUUAGCUUUUAGCAAAGUGAAUUCAGAAAUAUCAAAGCAUUCUUCUGCUUUUACGGAUCUUGUUGGAAAGAUUUCCGCAGAUGUUAAUGCUAUACUCAACGGUCUGCAAGGUAAUAUUCGGGAACUUGAGGUGAAGAUAAAUGCUUUUGUGCGACAAGAACAACAGUAUCAAACAAGAAGAUAUCAUGAAAUUCAAAUUACCUCUGAAGUUCUCCUCAACUUUUUCAAGACCUUGAAUACAUAUAUUUCAAAAUUGAGACUAAUGGAUGAAAAAUCACAAACAAUUAAUAAUCAGCAACUCUGCACCCUUGAAGAAAAGUUUGAGGAGCUGGCUGCAAGUGAAGAACGUCAACUUAUAGAAAAAGUUGCAGAGCUUAUAUUAGCUUCCAGUACUAAGAAGAAAAGGCUGGUUCAAACAGCAGUCAAUGACCUUAGAGAGUGCUCUAAUAUCAAAACCAGAAAUCUAAAUGCUGAGUUUUCAGACAUACAAGGUUGUGCUAAUUCUGCCUAUGAAGAGUGGACAAACUACAUUGAAAGCACGGAAUCCCACCAUAUCGAGGAUUCAACUAGAUUGGAAUUUUGGAAGAGUAGCCUAGCAGGAAACAUCGAUUGCUGUUUGACAAAAUCAGAGGGGAUCGAAGAUGGAUGGAGAAAUGCCCAAGAAUCCCUUCAUUCCCAAGAAACAAGAACCAUCAACUCAAUCGAUUGCAUUGUUAAGAGUGCUAUGGAAUCAAAUGGAAAGAUCGGCACUCAGUUUUCCUCCACAGUGACUUCCAUACUAGAAGAAACAGCUAUUUCCAAGAGGAAUCUUCUUUUUGUUAUGGAAAGUUUGCUGAAACUUGAUCAUGAUGAAUGUGAGAAGAUCUGUUCAUCUAUUCAACCUUGCGUUGAGGAUAUGAAACAGAUGAAAGACAGACAUUCAUCCGAAGUAUCAGAGAUAGCGGAAAAUGCAGGAAAAGUAUUGACAGAUGAGUAUAAGGUUGAUGAACCGUCAAGCUCAACUCUGAGGAGGAAAAGAGUUAACGUGCCAAGUAGGGAAUCUAUUGAAAAUCUCAGAACUCCUUUUCUCGAAGAGUCACUCAAGUCAUUUCAAGGCAAUGGAAUAGCAAACCGAGCUAGCAGAAAUGUAAAUGCAACCAAAGGUGGAUGAGGAUAUUCAAUUGGAUUCCAGAUGUUCAUAUUUCGAAGUAGGAUAACUGAUUUAGAGAUUGAUCAGUCGAGGUUUAUAUCUGUUACUGGUAACCGGAUGUAGCGCUUUAGUAAAAGAACUAAGGCAUGUCAUCAUGUGAAUUGGAGCC